UCAGAUGCAACACCUACCCCCACCUUGUCCCAGCAGCAAGAACUUGCUAAUCUUUAGCCACUAAUCUUUUAGUCUUUAAUCUGCUUUCCAAAUUCUUGGCACCUGAGCUAUUUAUAAAGAAGUAUUUUAUGCCCCCCUCCCAUAACUCUAUUCUUCUUCGCUGACCCCCACCAAUCUAAACUCAAAGGACCUUAAGUAUAAGAGGCUGAGGAGGCGAGCAUAGCAACCAGACCUGGAGACGGAUGUGAGCUUCAUCUCUCUCCCAAGGUGCUCAAGAGUGCUCCAGCUAUCCCAGGAAGCCUUGCUCCUUCUGGAGAAUAGGCAAUAUGAAAAGGCUCAACAUCAACUCCAUGGCCAACAUGUCAAGGGUGUAUAAGAAGACCUGCUCCAAUGGGAAGCUUGCCAUCUACCUGGGGAAACGGGACUUCGUGGACCAUGUGGACAUGGUGGAUCCCAUUGAUGGUGUAGUCCUGGUUGAUCCUGAUUACUUAAAAGGUCGAAAGAUGUUUGUCAUGUUGACAUGUGCCUUUCGCUAUGGCCAUGAUGACUUGGACGUGAUCGGUCUGACAUUCCGCAAAGAUCUGUAUGUACAGGUGCAGCAAGUGUUCCCACCUGAGCCCACCAGCACCCAGGGGCCCCUCACAGUCCUACAGGAGCGACUGCUGCAAAAGUUGGGGGACAAUGCCUACCCCUUUACCCUGCAGAUGGUUGUUAACCUGCCCUGUUCAGUGACACUGCAGCCAGGUCCCGAAGAUGCAGGAAAGGCCUGUGGGAUUGACUUUGAAGUGAAGAGCUUCUGUGCUGAAAACCUGGAGGAGAAAAUCUCCAAGAGAGACUCUGUACGGCUGGUGGUUCGGAAAGUACAGUUUGCACCCCUGGAACCAGGCCCUGGUCCCUGUGCCCAGACUGUCCGCCACUUCCUUCUGUCAUCUCAGCCCCUACAACUCCAGGCCUGGAUGGACAGGGAGGUUCACUACCAUGGCAAACCCAUCUCUGUCAAUGUUUCUAUCAACAACUGCACCAACAAGGUCAUCAAAAAAAUCAAGAUUUCAGUCGACCAGAUCACAGACGUUGUCCUGUAUUCCCUAGACAAGUACACCAAGACCGUGUUCACUCAGGAGUUCACGGAGACUAUAGCUGCUAACUCCAACUUCUCUAAGAGCUUCGCAGUAACCCCACUCCUGGCUGCCAACUGCCAGAAACAGGGCCUGGCACUGGAUGGCAAACUCAAGCAUGGUGAUACUAAUCUGGCCUCUAGCACAAUUCUUCAUUCCAGUCUUCAACCUGGAAUGAACAAGGAGCUGCUGGGGAUCCUGGUGUCCUACAAACAUCCUAGGCGACCUGAUUACCAGCGAUGUUGGUGUGGAGCUGCCCCUGAUCCUGAUGCAUCCAAAGCCAUCACAUGCUCUGAGGACAUAGUCAUUGAGGAGUUCGCUCGUCAGGAGCACCGUGGGGAGGAUAGCCAGGAGGCUUUGGCGGCGGAGGGGGGUGAGGGAAGCUGAGCACCAAGCUCUGGUGCCUCUGUGUGGGAGCCCUACUGUAACGCUCUAAUAAAUCAGCUUGUCCAAGACAUA